CAACGGGGGAAAUGGCUCGUUUCAAGAGAUGCAGAGUACAACAGCCAGAUGGAGAACCACACAUGGGACCUGGUGCCCCGAGAUGCUGGUACAACAGGCUGGCCAGUGCACUGGAAGGGAUUGGAUUCCGUGCGAGUGCAUGCGACGAGAGCCUAUUCCUGAUGAGCGAGGGGGAGUCGCUUGUGCUUCUGCUGGUGUACGUGGAUGACAUCCUGCUCUUCAGCAGCAGUGACAAGGAGAUCGAUGGGGUGCAGCAGAAGCUCACAGAGCAGUUCAAGUGCAAGUCACUUGGAGAGGCAAGUAGGUGGAUACAUCUGCAUGCUGGGAGGUGGGCCUGUAAGUUGGAGGUCCAAGAAGCAGUCUGAGACGACACUAUCUUCAGUGGAAUCUGAGUACGUGGCGAUGUUUCAUGCGGCAAAAGAAAUCAUCUAGCUAAGGAGGCUCUUGAAGGAGAUCGGCCAUGAACAGACUUGUGCGACACCUCUGUUCAGUGACAGUAAGGGAGCCAUUGCCAUGGCACGCAAUGCAGUUCUUCAUGGGUUGAACAAGCACAUGAGGAUCAAGUGGCAUUGGCUGCGGAAGGAGGUGAAGCUUGGGACACUGGAUCCGAUCUACGUGAAAACUCAGCAACAGCCAGCCGACUUCCUUACCAAGCGGCUAGCUGAAGAGCCACACUGGCGCUGUGCAAGGAUGGUGGGAAUGUCCUUGAACUAGAGACGGCGAAACAAGCCGACAGUCUGA